AUGUUUUAUCUGUAGAUAGUAGAAUAAGACGUUUUGCGUUUUGUAACGUCUAAAGAUAUCUGUUGCCAAAAAUACACCAACCUCAGUUCAACUGUAUGGCUUUUCAGCGUAGUUUAGUAAUUCUUUAAAUAUGAUUGUUGGUGAAUUAAAAAUACAAGAAGUUGAUAAACCAAAACAAUGGCCACAAUAUGUAGCUUGUACUACAGCUGCUCUUUCGAUUAUGGCUGGUGCAACACAAUUUGCAUGGGCUUCACCAUCAAUUCCCAAACUUCUUGAACCCGAUUAUGGUUUAAGUAUAGAACAAGCUUCUUACAUUCCAUUGAUUGAACCAAUAGCAAUGUUUAUAUUUUCACCAAUUUAUAGUAAAUUAAUGGAUGUUGUUGGAAGAAAACAAUCCUUACUACACGCUGGUGUCGCUUUAAUAGUCGCCUGGCUUCUUUUAAUAUUUUCAAAAAAUUUAAUUUGUAUUUAUAUAACAAAAGUAUUUUCUGGAAUAGCAGACGCUUGUUAUUUUUCCGUUUUACCUGUUUACAUAGCCGAAGUAUCUGUACCAAACGUUAGAGACGGUUUUGGAAAUAUUUUAAUGAUUAUGAUUUUUGGAGGACAAUUUAUAAUAAACUGUGUGGGAUAUUACGUGGAUAUCCAAUUAACAGCUUGCACAAUGCUCAGUUUACCGAUAUUAUUCUUGGUGACUUUCAUUUUCAUGCCAGAAUCUCCAUAUUAUUAUAUUAUGAAGAAAGAUUAUCAGGGGGCAAGAAAAUCUUUAAACUUUUUGAGACGAAUCGAAAACGUCGAUCCGGAAUUAGAACAAUUAAAGAAAGACAUGGAAAGACAAUUAUCCGAAUCGGGUACCUUUAAAGAUCUUUUUAUGACAAAAAGUAAUCGAAAAGCGAUUUAUAUAGCCAAUAUAACCAGGAUGGUUCAACAAGUUUCUGGAAUGGGGACCUUUGCGGUGUAUGCUCAACAUCUUUUUCAACAAGCCGGUGGUGAUAUUUCAAGUGGAGUAGCUACUAUGAUUUUUACAGCUUUUUUAACAGUUACUAAUUUUUAUUCAAGAUUUUUCACAACUAAAUUAGGAAAGAAAAUGGCUAUGGUUUAUUCAUCAAUCGGUUGUGGGUUAGCUUUAUUAAGCGAAUCAAUUUAUUUUUUUCUCGACUUACACACAAGCAUUGACGUUUCUUCAAUAAGUUGGUUUCCAGUUCUUGGUUUGGUGGUUUACGUUUGUUUAGCAGCAAUCGGAUUAAGUCCAAUACCUAAUUUAAUAUUAGGUGAAAUAUUUUCCGCAAGCAUCAAAAAGAAAGCUAUGACUAUUUCAAAUAUGAUAUUUGCGAUGUAUUUAAUGGUCUUCCCGAAGAUCUUUCAAAUAUUGAUGACAAAUUUUAGCUUGUUCGUUCCUUUUACGAUUUAUGCAAUUUGUACGUUAUUAGGGGCAAUCGCUUGUUAUUUUAUGGUUCCGGAUACCACUGGAAAAACUUUGGAGGAAAUUCAACAAAUGCUUAAAGGAUCUGAUUAAGAUGUUUGUAAGGAGUUUAAAACAUUUAUGUGAUAUAUUUCUUUUAUUUAUUUGUUAAUUAUUAAAAUUCACUAAAGAUUG